CAAAUCCUAAUUGAGUCUUCGCUCGACUGUACUGCGAGUUCAACAAUUAUCUUUCCAUUCUGUCUCUCAUCCACCGCUCCGCUUCUCUUUCUCCCUUCACCGUCCCCGGGAAACGCCCGCUCCACCGUCAAUUCUCCGGCCAUUGCAGUUCCUGACGUGGAGCGGUAUUUUACUGAGACGGGAAAUGGUCUCCCCGGAGAACACGAAUUGGAUCAUGGAGUACGGCCUGAUCGACGACAUCUCCGUUCCCGAUGCCAAUUUCUCAGUCCCGGUCAACGGCUUUUCCUGGCCCGUCCAAACCCUAAAUGCUCCUCCUCCAUCUAAUGCCGCCGGUCAAAUUGAUGCGUCGUUUGGAGAAUCCGAAGGCCAGAAAGAAUCCAGUUCCAAGAAAAGGGGUAGAUCUGAGUCAUGUAGCGGAUCAAGCUCGAAAGCAUGUAGGGAGAAGUUGCGUAGGGAUAGGCUCAAUGACAAGUUUCUGGAAUUAGGCUCCAUAUUGGAACCUGGAAGACCUCCCAAAACCGACAAGGCAGCUAUUUUAGUUGAUGCUGUCCGGAUGGUGAAUCAAUUACGUGGUGAAGCACAGAAACUGAAGGACUCAAAUUCAAGUCUUCAAGAGAAAAUUAAAGAAUUGAAGGUGGAGAAGAAUGAACUUCGUGAUGAGAAGCAGCGUCUUAAAGCAGAGAAAGAGAAGCUGGAACAGCAAAUGAAAACCAUUCACGCUCAACCUAGCUUUUUGCCUGCUCCCCCUGCUAUUCCAGCUGCCGCCUUUGCUGCAGCUCAAGGACAAGCUCCCGGCAACAAGUUGGUGCCUUUCAUUGGUUAUCCGGGAGUUGCUAUGUGGCAGUUUAUGCCGCCGGCUUCGGUUGAUACCUCACAGGACCAUGUGCUCCGACCGCCUGUGGCUUAAGUUGCCGCAAUCGUUGGUGGCUGAGGGCUGGAUUUUGCAACCCAAGUUGUAAUUCGUUCUCCUCUUAUUGUUCUUGGUCAUGUAUGAGCUUUUGAUGAAGUGUUCUAACUCAGAAUUGGUGGGUGACUCCGUGGCCCCUGCAAUGUCCCAAUCUGGAGUGAUGAUCUAUGAAUUAUUGCUGGUAUACUCGUGUAAAUUUCAAUAAGUUUCUCUAGCAGAUCUCUAUAGCCGUAUCAUCUCUCUGAACUAUAUGUUCAUUCUUCUCGCACAAAAUAUCCGAUCGUUGACAUUUUCGGUAAUAUCCUCUGGUACGAUUUUACAAUCCGCUGGCUAAAACAGGAAU